CUCGCUCAUCCGUGGUCUCCCAAGCCCCAGUCCAUGGUUAUCUGCUUCCGAUAUAGGAUUGAUCGAUAAUCAAUGACUGGGAUAGAGACCAGUCGGGAUAUUUUUAUCCCUCCGCUGUCAGGUAUUAAAAGGGAAUAGCAGCCACUCGGGUAUUCAUCCACGGUUAUUGCAGACCCACUCCAGAAGGCUGACGGACUGACAGACUCCUUAUCGCAUCUCCCUUGUCAAUAAUGCAGUGGGUCAUGUCAAGCACCAUCACCUCUAGCAAGGACACUGACUCCAGCCUUUGCUCCGUCUUCGUACAUGAGCCUGUUUUAAUUAGGUCACACCGACACUAAUUCGAACAAUAACCUCUGAGCCGAGAUUACCAAACGUUGGCACCAUUACCUAUCGUGGGUUAAUUCGAAUAUCACCAUGUCGAACUCUUUCCACGAGACCGCGGCCAGUGCUGUCCAGGCCCGGAAUCGCAUUCGCCAUCACAUCUACCAAACACCGCUCAUUCCAGCCCGGAAAACGGGCCAGGUUUUCAAUGCAAAUAUUCUCUUCAAAGCGGAGAAUUUCCAGCUCACUGGAUCGUUCAAACUCCGAGGUGCCUUGUCAAAGGUGUCGGCUCAAACCUCAUCCGGACGCCUGAUCACAGCGUCAUCAGGGAACCAUGGAAUCGGUGCUGCAUUCGCAUCGCAAGCGCUCUCCAGGGACCUUACUGUUGUACUGCCCGAGACCGUGAUGCCAUCCAAGUUGGAAAAGAUCAAGUCCUUUGGCGUGGAGGUGAUUCUGCACGGAGCGGAGACGGGUCUCGCCGAGCAGCAUGCACAGCAACUCGCUGCGUCGGGCGCGUAUACUUACAUCUCUCCCUACAAUGACGCUGACAUCGUCGCCGGGCAAGGAACCAUCGGAUUGGAGAUCCUCGAACAGUGCGACCAAGUCGAUAACGUCUUCAUCUCCAUGGGCGGCGGCGGACUCAUCAGCGGCAUUGGGUCCGUUCUCAAGGCGUUCAGCCCACGCACCAAGAUCUACGGCGUCGCAGCUCUCAACUCCCGAGCUUUAGCGGCGUCUCUGGCGGUCGGUCGCGUUGUCGAGACGGACCACUUGCCCACUCUAGCCGAGGCAGUGGCCGGUGGCAUCGAUGAAGACACGAUCACUCUUCCUCUGGCCAGUUCGGUGGUCGAUCAGGUCGUGGAGUGCGAUGAGGCGGAGAUCGUCGAGGCUUUGAAGACUCUGGCCUUUGACGAGAACAUGAUUGUCGAAGGCUCAGCUGCUCUUGCUCUGGCGGGAUUUACUAAAGUCGCUCGGGAAUUGGCUGGUCAGACCAGCAUCAUCCUCUUGUGUGGUGCCAAUGUUGACCAGGGCGUUGUAAAGAGGACCAUCUACGGGAUCUGAAAGCACGAAGUGUACAUGUCGGAAUGAAGUCCUUGCCGUCACCGGAGACAUAUGAGUAUUAGUACUAGCAGUAGCAUGUAAUGACUAACGGCAGACCGUUGAUUGAUGGCAGCGGUGAAGGAACAUCCUAAAAAUAAAAC